UGCCACCAGAACCUGCGGGUGGAGGAGCUCAGCGUGGAGUGGGACGCCACGGGCGGCAAGGUGCAGGACGUCAAGGUGCGCGAGAAGGACGGCAAGGGCAGGACGGCGUCGCCCGCCAACUCGCCUGCCAGGACCCCAGCAUUGGUGGUGCAGUCGCCCAAGAGGAUGCCCUCAGGGCGCGGGGGCAGAGAUCGCUUCACCGCCGAGUCCUACACGGUUCUAGGUGACACGCUGAUCGAUGGGGACGACCACUACUGGGAGGUGCGGUACGAUCGGGACAGCAAAGCUUUCGGCGUGGGGGUGGCAUAUCGCAGCCUGGGCAAAUUUGAUCAGCUGGGCAAGACCUCGGCCUCCUGGUGCCUCCACCUCAACAAUUGGCUACAGGUCAGCUUCAGCGCCAAGCACGCCAACAAGGCCAAAGUGCUGGACGUGCCCGUGCCCGACUGCAUCGGUGUCUACUGCAACUUCCAUGAAGGGUUCCUGUCUUUCUACAACGCCAGGACCAAGCAGCUUCUCCACACCUUCAAGGCCAAGUUCACGCAGCCAGUGCUGCCUGCCUUCACG